ACCCUGGUCUGCCAACAAAAAUAAACAUUUAUUUUUUCGCCCAAGUUCCCGGAGUUUUUUGCCCAAUUUAAAGCCAUGCUGCCGGGCGUUGGAGUGUUCGGAACGGGCGAGAUAGCCAAUGUGUUGGUUCCCCUGCUGCGGGAGAAGGGAUUCGAGGUGCGGGCCAUUUGGGGCAGGACCCUGAAGGAGGCCAAAGAGACGGCGGCCACGCAGAACGUACAAUUUCACACGAACGUUAUUGAUGACGUUCUCCUCCGAAAGGAUGUGGACCUGGUGUUCAUCGUCUGCCAGCCCUUCCUCCACGCCGAGAUCUCGGUGAAGGCUCUGGGUAUUGGAAAACAUGUCGUGUGCGACAAGCCGGCGGGUUUGCACCAGCAGGAUGCCCUCAAAAUGGUGCGGGCCUCGCAGUAUUAUCCCACCCUGAUCUCCCUGGUCAAUCAUCCGCUGAGGUUCCUGCCCGCCUUCACCCACAUGCGUCGCUGCCUGCAGGAGGAGCUGAUCGGCUCCCUGGGCGACGUGGUGCUCAUGGACGUCCGCGUGCAGAUGGGCACCCUCUUCCCCGAGAAAUACAACUGGAUGUGCGACGCGCAGAUGGGCGGCGGUGCCUUGAAUCUCGUGGGUUCCGUGGUGGAUUUGGUCACCUUCCUGCUGCAACAGCAGGCCAUUCGGGUGCAUGGGGUACUGCGAUCCUACACCAAGACCACGGCGGCCAUCAAUGGCAUACGACAGAUUACGGCGCCGGAUUUCUGCAACUUUCAAAUGGAACUGGCCAGCGGAACUCUGGUCACGGUGGCUCUCCACAGUCACACAGUGCCUGCCAAGGCCUUCUCCCAGGAAGUGCUCAUCUAUGGCAGCAAGGGACACCUGGUGGUGCGAGGCGGCGAUCUGUUUGUGCUCAAGGAGGGCCAACCCAAAGAGGAAGCUGUCUACGUGGACGUUCAGGACUUGCACUUCGCCACCAAUAACUCCUUGCUGCCGAGACCCUAUAUCAAGGGACUCUGCAAGAUGGUGGGCGCACUGAAGGAGGCCUUUGGCAGCAAGGAAUCCUCGUGGGUUAAGGCCCCCGUUUCCACAGCCGCCACCUUCGAGGACGGCCUCUAUGUCCAGGCUGUGGUGGAGGCCAUUCGGAAAUCCAACGAAACCAGGCAAUGGCAAAGGGUGCAGUUGUCCACCGACAGUCCUUUAAAUCACGAUCAGAUCAUCCGAUAUGCACGCAUGUCCACUAUGUAGGGAAUCUCGGUCUUAAGUGCAAUAACUAAAGGAUUCCAAUAUAUAUUUUUUUAUAUAAUAUACGUGUUUAGCUGUAAGCAUUCAAAGGAUCGCGGCUUUUAAGCCUGCGUCACCUCCAUUAAUGUAUUUAACUUAUUUUGUAACGCAUCUGCAUUUUGAAACUAAUAAAAUUGAUUUGUUAGACAAGGA